AUGUCGGCCGAUGCCACGAUCCAGGCCAUCGUGGCAGAUCAGGGUAACUACCUGAGCGCCGACAGGGGCGCCACCUGGAAACAGGUCCCUGGGCAGUACAGUUGCGCCUCGGCAGCCAUGUCCGAGGACGGCUCCAAGAUCUUCCUCUGUUGCCGGCCCCUUUCGGGUACGGGCGUCGUCGCGCUUCUCAGUGGCGAUGGUGGGAUGACGUGGGGGACAGACUACUGGCUGGAUGUUGUCACGGAUGUUCUUGACUGUGACUCUGCAGCCAUGAGCGGGGAUGGAACGAUGGCGGCGUUUGCCGGUUGGGGUCAAAAUCCAUAUGUGGUUACUUUUACACCCACCUAUUCAACCACCACCACCACCGGUACCAGCACCGUCACCACCGUUACCGCUACCACCGUGACGACCACCACCGUCUCCACCGUCACGGCCACCGACACCUCCACGGCCACGGCCACAGCCGCCAGCGACGCGACCGGCAAUACGACGACCACAAUGGCACCGGUCCCCAGCGUCCUUGAAGUUUCUUUUCAGCUCACUGUGGACGACCCCACCACGAUUACCGAGAACGAGACCGUGAAGAAUGCCAUGGUUCAGGGGGUUGCUUCCUCCUUGGGAGUGGAUCCGUCGCUGGUGACCCUGGAAUUUCAGGAGGUGCCAUCUCGGCGUCUUGCAAGGAGUCUUCAGGCCAGCACGCUUCUGGCUAUCUUCAAGGUGACCCUCCCCAGCAAGCAAGCAGCCGAGUCAGCGAAAGCAAGUUUCGAUCAGCUCUCACUGACCGAGGCCACCGCCGACAUCACAAGCUUCUUAGCGGACGCAGGCUAUGCGGGCACAGUCGAGGUCACCGGCAAGACUGCGACUGUUGCCACCACCACCACCACCACGUCCACCACCACGACGUCCACAACCGCGUCCACAACCACCAGACUGGAUGCUGCCAAUGUCGCGACGUCGCGGGUGGUGAGCGUGGCCCUCUUGGCAGCCAGCCUCGCUUCAAUCUUCUGA